AUCGUCGAAGACCUGGAGAAGCAUUUGUAUGAUAUUCGUAUAGUGUUGUACGGGGAUACUGAGACGUUCCCGAACGCAGACGCUGUGACUCUCGUGGGAGCAGAGGUGUUUAAGGGGAAUUUCUUGGAACUUCUCAUUAGGAACAUUGGUUCCCUGUCUCUUGAUUCAAAACGGUAUGCGGUGCAUAUCAAUGCGAGCCUGCAAAAGAGGCAAAUUCAAAAUCGCAUGGUUGCGGGCGAGUACCUUAUGCAACACACGGACCUUCUGGACCUUCUCAUAAAAGG